CGCACGGGGUGAAGCGGCAUCACCACAAGCACAACUUGAAGCACCGCUACGAGCUGCAGGAGACCCUGGGUAAAGGCACCUAUGGCAAAGUCAAGAGGGCCACCGAGAGGUUUUCGGGCCGAGUGAUUGUUGGCGCAAGCUUUGCCAAGCGUCAGGAGGGUCUCCCUAGUGGUGUCAGCGGCGUGCGGAGACCCUCUAACCUUCUCCUAAGCCCUGCUUCCCCCGGAUGUGAAGGCGUUCCCGUGCAGCUCAAGGCAGGCCCUGCGUUUUAAGCACGUCUGUGAGGUCGCUAUAAAAUCCAUUCGUAAGGACAAAAUUAAGGAUGAACAAGACAUGGUUCACAUCAGACGAGAGAUUGAGAUCAUGUCAUCCCUCAACCAUCCUCAUAUCAUCAGUAUUUAUGAAGUGUUUGAGAACAAAGAUAAGAUUGUGAUCAUCAUGGAGUACGCAAGCAAAGGGGAGCUGUACGAUUACAUCAGCGAGCGGCGACGCCUCAGUGAGCGGGAGACCAGACACUUCUUCCGGCAGAUCGUGUCCGCCGUGCACUACUGUCACAAGAACGGCGUGGUCCACCGGGACUUGAAGCUGGAAAAUAUACUGCUCGAUGACAACUGCAAUAUUAAGAUUGCUGACUUUGGGCUUUCCAACCUGUACCAGAAGGACAAGUUCUUGCAAACUUUCUGUGGGAGCCCACUCUACGCAUCUCCUGAAAUUGUCAAUGGGAGGCCUUACCGAGGGCCAGAGGUGGACAGCUGGGCCCUGGGCGUGUUGCUUUACACUCUCGUUUAUGGUACCAUGCCCUUCGAUGGUUUCGAUCACAAAAACCUCAUUCGGCAGAUCAGCAGUGGAGAGUACCGGGAGCCCACGCAGCCCUCAGAUGCUCGAGGACUCAUUCGGUGGAUGCUGAUGGUGAACCCUGAUCGCCGGGCCACCAUCGAGGACAUAGCCAACCACUGGUGGGUGAACUGGGGCUACAAGAGCAGCGUCUGUGACUGUGAUGCCCUUCACAACUCCGAGUCCCCGCUCUUGGCGCGCAUUAUCGAUUGGCACCACCGUUCCACGGGGCUGCAGGCUGAGGCCGAAGCCAAAAUUAAGGGCCUGGCCAAACCCGGGGCCUCUGAGGUCAUGCUGGAGCGGCAGCGGUCGCUGAAGAAGUCCAAGAAGGAGAAUGACUUUGCCCAGUCCGGCCAGGACUCGGUGCCCGAAAGCCCAUCCAAGUUGAAUUCCAAGAGGCCCAAAGGGAUCCUGAAGAAGCGAAGCAACAGCGAGCAUCGUUCUCACAGCACCGGCUUCAUCGAAGGCGUCGUCACUCCUGCCUUACCCUCUGCUUUCAAGAUGGAGCAGGACUUGUGCCGGACUGGCGUGCCCGUCCCGAGCUCCCCCGAGGCAGAGGUGCCUGGUAAACUCAGCCCCAAACAGUCAGCCACGAUGCCCAAGAAAGGCAUCUUGAAGAAGACCCAGCAGAGAGAAUCGGGUUACUACUCCUCCCCAGAGCGCAGCGAGUCUUCAGAGCUGUUGGACAGUAAUGAUGGGAUGGGCAGCAGCAUCCCCUCCCCCAGCCCCCCGGACCCAGCCAGAGUGACGUCCCACAGCCUCUCCUGCCGCAGGAAGGGCAUCUUGAAACACAGCAGCAAGUACUCAGCAGGCACCAUGGACCCGGCCCUCGCGAGCCCCGAAAUGCCCACACUGGAAUCCUUGCUGGAGCCUGGCGUCCCCGCCGAGGGCCUCUCCCGGAGCUACAGCCGGCCUUCCAGCGUCAUCAGCGAAGACAGCGUCCUGUCCAGCGACUCCUUCGACUUGCUGGAUUUGCAGGAGAAUCGUCCUGCCCGCCAGCGCAUCCGCAGCUGCGUCUCCGCCGAAAACUUCCUCCAGAUCCAGGACUUUGAGGGGCUCCAGAACCGGCCCCGGCCCCAGUACCUAAAGCGGUACCGGAACCGGCUGGGAGACAGCAGCUUCUCGCUCCUCACGGACAUGGAUGACGUGACUCAAGUCUACAAGAAAGCGCUGGAGAUCUGCAACAAGCUCAACUAGCUCCCCCGGGGUGCAGGGCGGGGCGGGGGUGGGUGCGAGGGAGGAAGGGGAGCAGUGACUUGUGCUAACGAGCUGGUUACCUCUUUGCUGGCCAUGACAAGAGACUGAAAAAGGAUUGGUGCUGCCAUCUUGCUUGGCCAGGUUUGCAGCCUUGAGCCAGCACCUAAAAGGGAGAUGUGGGCUCUCUGCCAGUCCUGUCAACUGCCAGUCAGAAUUUGGGUCCUAAUUGGCAUUUGCUUUGUGGCACCUCCCAGAGGACCAGCUGUCCCGGGGAGGUGGUGUUGGCCAGCACUUAGAGGGUGGGGAGGAAGUGUGUAGGAGAGGAAGCAUUUCCCUAGAAGCGUCCAGAUGCUUCUGGAGGAGGGGCAAGAGAGACUGGAGCCAUCUGCUGUGGGUGAGCUCAAAGAGCUUGCUCCUCCUCUCCUCCCAUAGCAAGCUUGGUCUGAGCACACGAGGCCAGCAAGUAGAUUUCAGCAACCUGAUCUUGAAUCAGUGAUUGAUUGAUAGUGGCUGCUGAAUGUGCUAGCUUGAGUAGCCCAGGAAGGAGUGCUGUGAUUGAAUAGUAAUGGCUGCCAUGGGGAUGGGAAGUGGGGCAGUAGCACUCUUGCCAUGUAGUUGCCAUCCUUGACCUGGCUAAGCCCUGGGAGUUAGGUUAAGGCAUCCUGUGGGAUCUAUGUGAACUUGUAUGCCUCUGGCGUGGCAUUUGUUAAUUUGCUAGUCUACCAUGAAUGGAAGACAGAGCCUUGGUCAGAGAGAGAAUGCUCUGAACUCUGCUAAGGACAUAGAGUCAGCCCGUGGUGAUUUUUUGGCUCCCUGCUCUCCACUUCUUCUUUCCUGAUGUCUGCUUUGCUGUUCAGCAUAACCUCCCGAAGGUAGACAGGGAAAAAGAUAGUGGUGUCAAAACUAUGGUGUAUAACAGAGCUCAGGACCCUCUGUGGUCUUUGUGCAGAUGAGGGGAUGUUGAUGCACACCAGCAAGGGGGCGACUUGUCAAUUUCCUUAACGUCUCAAUAUUAACUGGAAUGCUGCCUCUUGGGUUCUCGCCUGCAUGAAUGCUUUGACUUGGAUGUGAUACUGUCCAUAGUCUCCAAAGGAGCCACUGGCUCAACCAUUUGCUCUGUUUACUGAUAGUAAAGGUUUCCCAUCCCCCAAGUG